AUUUCAUAACCUUUUCCAUAACUCACAAUUCAUCUUCAAUUCUCUUAAAUCUUGAUCUUCAUCCUUCUUCAGAAUCUUGGUUUUUUGGUAAUUUUGAAUCUAAACCCUAAAUCAACAUGAGGAGGAACUGCAAUUUGGAGCUUCAGUUAUGCUUUCCAGGUGUUAAUGAAACCCAGCAACAAGAACAGCAGCAGCAGAUGACCAUAUUUUACAACGGCGUGGCGUGCGUUCGUGAUGUUACAGAGCUUCAGGCCAGAUCCAUCAUUUUUCUUGCAAACAAAGAAAUGGAAGAAAGGGUGAAGAGUCCAUUUACUCCAAGUGGAUCAUCAGAACCACCUUCACCAACUGUGAUGUCUCCGCUGUGUAGCCCCGUUGCCGGUAUGUCUAUGAAGAGAUCACUCCAAAGGUUUUUGCAGAAGAGAAAGCUUCGGACUCAAGCAACAUCUCCGUACCAUCACUAGGAAUUAAGGCACUUGAAUUUGUUAUUUAUGAUUGUCAUUUGUCAGUUAGAGGGAGAUCGAUUUAUCGAAGAGGGCUUUUUGUAAAUUAGUCAAUUCUAAGCGCUUCAAAUUAUCGUGUGGGAGACAUCGUAUGUACAAUAUUGUGUGGUUGAUGUUGGAUCUUAGUUGUCACAUAGUGUUCUUUUGAUAUCGGAUUACGACAUGACUUCAUUUUUUUUA